AUGCAGAAUGCUAUUGAGGAGGGAAAGCAAGUUGGGUGGUGUGGCGAGGGGAGGGCAAGGUGGGUGGCGAGGGGAGGGCAAGGUGGGUGGCGAGGGGAGGGCAAGGUGGGUGGCGAGGGGAGGGCAAGGUGGGUGGCGAGGGGAGGGCAAGGUGGGUGGCGAGGGGAGGGCAAGGUGGGUGGCGAGGGGAGGGCAAGGUGGGUGGCGAGGGGAGGGCAAGGUGGGUGGCGAGGGGAGGGCAAGGUGGGUGGCGAGGGGAGGGCAAGGUGGGUGGCGAGGGGAGGGGAGGGCAAGGUGGGUGGCGAGGGGAGGGCAAGGUGGGUGGCGAGGGGAGGGCAAGGUGGGUGGCGAGGGGAGGGCAAGGUGGGUGGCGAGGGGAGGGCAAGGUGGGUGGCGAGGGGAGGGCAAGGUGGGUGGCGAGGGGAGGGCAAGGUGGGUGGCGAGGGGAGGGCAAGGUGGGUGGCGAGGGGAGGGCAAGGUGGGUGGCGAGGGGAGGGCAAGGUGGGUGGCGAGGGGAGGGCAAGGUGGGUGGCGAGGGGAGGGCAAGGUGGGUGGCGAGGGGAGGGCAAGGUGGGUGGCGAGGGGAGGGCAAGGUGGGUGGCGAGGGGAGGGCAAGGUGGGUGGCGAGGGGAGGGCAAGGUGGGUGGCGAGGGGAGGGCAAGGUGGGUGGCGAGGGGAGGGCAAGGUGGGUGGCGAGGGGAGGGCAAGGUGGGUGGCGAGGGGAGGGCAAGGUGGGUGGCGAGGGGAGGGCAAGGUGGGUGGCGAGGGGAGGGCAAGGUGGGUGGCGAGGGGAGGGCAAGGUGGGUGGCGAGGGGAGGGCAAGGUGGGUGGCGAGGGGAGGGCAAGGUGGGUGGCGAGGGGAGGGCAAGGUGGGUGGCGAGGGGAGGGCAAGGUGGGUGGCGAGGGGAGGGCAAGGUGGGUGGCGAGGGGAGGGCAAGGUGGGUGGCGAGGGGAGGGCAAGGUGGGUGGCGAGGGGAGGGCAAGGUGGGUGGCGAGGGGAGGGCAAGGUGGGUGGCGAGGGGAGGGCAAGGUGGGUGGCGAGGGGAGGGCAAGGUGGGUGGCGAGGGGAGGGCAAGGUGGGUGGCGAGGGGAGGGCAAGGUGGGUGGCGAGGGGAGGGCAAGGUGGGUGGCGAGGGGAGGGCAAGGUGGGUGGCGAGGGGAGGGCAAGGUGGGUGGCGAGGGGAGGGCAAGGUGGGUGGCGAGGGGAGGGCAAGGUGGGUGGCGAGGGGAGGGCAAGGUGGGUGGCGAGGGGAGGGCAAGGUGGGUGGCGAGGGGAGGGCAAGGUGGGUGGCGAGGGGAGGGCAAGGUGGGUGGCGAGGGGAGGGCAAGGUGGGUGGCGAGGGGAGGGCAAGGUGGGUGGCGAGGGGAGGGCAAGGUGGGUGGCGAGGGGAGGGCAAGGUGGGUGGCGAGGGGAGGGCAAGGUGGGUGGCGAGGGGAGGGCAAGGUGGGUGGCGAGGGGAGGGCAAGGUGGGUGGCGAGGGGAGGGCAAGGUGGGUGGCGAGGGGAGGGCAAGGUGGGUGGCGAGGGGAGGGCAAGGUGGGUGGCGAGGGGAGGGCAAGGUGGGUGGCGAGGGGAGGGCAAGGUGGGUGGCGAGGGGAGGGCAAGGUGGGUGGCGAGGGGAGGGCAAGGUGGGUGGCGAGGGGAGGGCAAGGUGGGUGGCGAGGGGAGGGCAAGGUGGGUGGCGAGGGGAGGGCAAGGUGGGUGGCGAGGGGAGGGCAAGGUGGGUGGCGAGGGGAGGGCAAGGUGGGUGGCGAGGGGAGGGCAAGGUGGGUGGCGAGGGGAGGGCAAGGUGGGUGGCGAGGGGAGGGCAAGGUGGGUGGCGAGGGGAGGGCAAGGUGGGUGGCGAGGGGAGGGCAAGGUGGGUGGCGAGGGGAGGGCAAGGUGGGUGGCGAGGGGAGGGCAAGGUGGGUGGCGAGGGGAGGGCAAGGUGGGUGGCGAGGGGAGGGCAAGGUGGGUGGCGAGGGGAGGGCAAGGUGGGUGGCGAGGGGAGGGCAAGGUGGGUGGCGAGGGGAGGGCAAGGUGGGUGGCGAGGGGAGGGCAAGGUGGGUGGCGAGGGGAGGGCAAGGUGGGUGGCGAGGGGAGGGCAAGGUGGGUGGCGAGGGGAGGGCAAGGUGGGUGGCGAGGGGAGGGCAAGGUGGGUGGCGAGGGGAGGGCAAGGUGGGUGGCGAGGGGAGGGCAAGGUGGGUGGCGAGGGGAGGGCAAGGUGGGUGGCGAGGGGAGGGCAAGGUGGGUGGCGAGGGGAGGGCAAGGUGGGUGGCGAGGGGAGGGCAAGGUGGGUGGCGAGGGGAGGGCAAGGUGGGUGGCGAGGGGAGGGCAAGGUGGGUGGCGAGGGGAGGGCAAGGUGGGUGGCGAGGGGAGGGCAAGGUGGGUGGCGAGGGGAGGGCAAGGUGGGUGGCGAGGGGAGGGCAAGGUGGGUGGCGAGGGGAGGGCAAGGUGGGUGGCGAGGGGAGGGCAAGGUGGGUGGCGAGGGGAGGGCAAGGUGGGUGGCGAGGGGAGGGCAAGGUGGGUGGCGAGGGGAGGGCAAGGUGGGUGGCGAGGGGAGGGCAAGGUGGGUGGCGAGGGGAGGGCAAGGUGGGUGGCGAGGGGAGGGCAAGGUGGGUGGCGAGGGGAGGGCAAGGUGGGUGGCGAGGGGAGGGCAAGGUGGGUGGCGAGGGGAGGGCAAGGUGGGUGGCGAGGGGAGGGCAAGGUGGGUGGCGAGGGGAGGGCAAGGUGGGUGGCGAGGGGAGGGCAAGGUGGGUGGCGAGGGGAGGGCAAGGUGGGUGGCGAGGGGAGGGCAAGGUGGGUGGCGAGGGGAGGGCAAGGUGGGUGGCGAGGGGAGGGCAAGGUGGGUGGCGAGGGGAGGGCAAGGUGGGUGGCGAGGGGAGGGCAAGGUGGGUGGCGAGGGGAGGGCAAGGUGGGUGGCGAGGGGAGGGCAAGGUGGGUGGCGAGGGGAGGGCAAGGUGGGUGGCGAGGGGAGGGCAAGGUGGGUGGCGAGGGGAGGGCAAGGUGGGUGGCGAGGGGAGGGCAAGGUGGGUGGCGAGGGGAGGGCAAGGUGGGUGGCGAGGAGGUGGGUGGCGAGGGGAGGGCAAGGUGGGUGGCGAGGUGGGUGGUGGCAGUAGUGGAUGGUGGUGCAGUGCAGUGCAAUAG